AUGCCGGGUGUCAAGCAAGAAGUGCAAAAAGACCAGCUGGUGCCGGCAGAGGGUGCCAAGAAGAAGUACGUGCGAGACAAACUGGCAUCACAAGACGACGAAAAGAACCGAACAACUUGUCGCAUGAGAUUGAGUGCAGAAGAAAUUGAGCUUGUCAAGGCAUUCCGCAGAAGCAAGCGGCCUGGUGCUUACAUGGAGUUGGAGUCGCGGAACCAGCUCUUGGAACAUCGGCUGAAGCACAUGGUGCAGCGCGUGUCCGCCUACCUCCGUAGGAUAAGGGGCGACGAUGCUGUGGAGGAGUUUCUUGAAACUGUUGGCGCGUAA